AUGCGCUUCGCSUGCCUGUCCUUCCGGCAGCCCUACGCGGGGCUGGUGCUGGACAACGUGAAGACGCUGGAGAGCCGCUGGCGGCCGCUGCUGGCCGCGCACGCGGGCCGCACGCUGGCCGUGCACAUCGCGCAGCACGACUGGGAGGGCGAGGCGUGGCGCGAGCUGCUGCUGGCGCGGCGCGGCCUGGCCCCGGAGCGGCUGCGCGAGCUGCUGCGGCACGGCGAGCGGUUCGGCAGGGGGGUGGUGGCAGGAUUAAUUGACAUUGGAGAGACAUCGCUGUAUCCAGAAAACUUACCUCCUGAAAAGGUUUUGGAGCUGGAAGACAAAGCUGUCCUCAGUAAUCUGGAGCAGAAGUACUUGACUGUUGUUUCAAAUCCCCGCUGGCUGCUGGAACCAAUUCCUGCCAGAGGGAACAGAGGUAUAUGGUACAUAGACAUCCCUGAAGAACUGAUCCCUCCAGAAUCAUAGGAGUUGCUCCGUGCUAUGUUUUUCCUUUCUAAAUAAAAGCUUGCCUUCAAYAUUGAGUGGUAAA